CCAGCUACCACUCCAGCAAUAAUGGAGGUGGCCGUGGAGGAUUUGAACGUGCAGGGUCCUGCGGAGGGUGCUGAUCUUUUUGAGUUCUCGGAAAACGUAGCAAUCACGGCUCUAAACGUCCUGUGUGUUCUUAUUGUCAGGGCUGACAAGGGCACGCAAGACAUUGGCGAACAACGCAUGAAAGAAAUAAUCGCGGAUGGUAUCGGGGCUGUGCGUCGUGCAUUGGAAGAGGUUUCCCGACACCUGCCGAAGGACGAGUACACCCAGAGGGAAUACGCACAGCGGUUUCUGGAAGCCAGUCGGGAAGGAGGUCGUGCGCAGCCAUCCGAAAGGAGAGGGCAAGGACACAUGGCUCUUAUUUUCGAUGCCACGACCAGCACCACCCCAGAAGGCGGGUGUGAUGCAAGUGUUGGUAAUGGUAUAGAGGGGCAAGUGUCCCCUGACCAGAUGCGGCGUGUAGGCGACGAGUUCGGUGCGCUACAGCUUCCUUACAUGGAACAGGAUAUCGUGAGCGCUCUUGGCUGGGUGCGAACAAUGAUAUCUGAUGUGCAAAACGUGCUGCUGGAGUUUGAUGACAGCGAUUUGGAGGAGCUAGCCCAGAUGACCCUCAUCUCUCUCCGAAUACUGGUCGGCUACGCCAAGAGCACCCACAGGAGCCUAGCCCAGCUGUGCCGCGUGCCCUACCAACCCCGCCGAGAGCGCGCAAGAAUGGCAGUUCACGCCGACCCUAACAACAACAACGCCUCCGCCGAAGCAAACCCCGCGGCGGCACGUGUCGGUGAGCUGUUCCAGGUAGACGAGGACGAGGACGAGGAUGACGGUCAUGAGGGGGGGGGCUUGCCUUGGGACCCCCUCGCCCCCAGGCUGUUGCAGGAGGCCCGGCGGUUGGCGGAGGAAGGGAAAGAGCGACCCUUCACGGCGGCGGUGGUGUUGGCGGCCGCGUUGCCGUUCUCCGGGGCGGCCGUGUUCUUGGGGGCGCCGGUGUUGGCCGGAGACGCGGCGCUGCAGUGGGGGGCUGCCACGCCCAUGGGGAGGACGGUGGGGCACGGGACAAAGAAUGUUGUGGAGCUCGGCAAGCUCGGCUGGGUAGCGAGCAAGUUAGCCACAAAGCAGACGCUAAGACUGGCGAGCCAGGAGCUCGACCGAGCGGGGGGGGUGACGGGGCUGGCUUGUCGGGCAGGAGAGGGCGCUCUUUGGACGGCGAGACAUCCGGUAGAGGCAGCCAUGGCUACGGUAGGCAUGGCCGCUGACGCGGCAAGCGCGGCGUACGAACAAGCGGUGUGGGUGGGAGAUUUGCUCGCAACAGUCCGGGAGGAAGUGUUCCCUGGACCCGCGGAACCUGAAAGACGGUUGUAGAUAAGGAAGGGCGUGGCGUCUCCAGUGUCUUGUUAGUCGGUGUGCAUUUGUGGUACAUAGGUUGGACCGAUUGGAGGCGAUAUGUUGCAUGGCACGUAGCCGUGGCUGUCUCACCAGCUGUAGUUUGCGCUCGGUCGUGCCUGAUCAUGUAAUUCGUAUUUUCUGUGGGACUUGGCGUGCGUUCGUACCACGGUUUCCCGGCGAUGUACAUACAAACCGUCGUUUGUGAGAAUGGAGGGACCUUCGUCUCGCCGCUACAGAAGUAAAACCGGUAAAGCUAUAGCAGUGUUGAAGGAAGUUACGUUCGCCGGAGGCCAGGCACAGCAUUACCAAGGAGGUCUCCCAAGGUAGCCUGUCCCUGUGUUGUGUUUAGUGGUGGGUGAAGACUUCCAAACUCGGUUGGUUGGCAAUGUGUCUUGCAGUAUAAUGUUUUUUCCAUGGCCUUGGGAGAGGUGCGGCACGCAACGUAGGGCAUUGGUUGCCGUAAUACCGUAAAUACCAAGGCGUGCUGUUGGCGCAGUUAUACUAAUAUGUUGGGCGUUCGGGCGCAACGGCAUGCACCAAAAAUGCGGCAGAGCACGGGUGUCCCACGUGCAACAAACCAACCGAGCGGCGGUUGGUGGGGGUGCGACAAUACAAAGCAAAUAAUCGUCCGGCUCUGGAAAAUAGCACACUUGCAGGAAGGAGCCUUCUUGCCGGC